CCCCGCCCUGCGCGUUGGGCCCCGCCCCAGCGGGUCAUGAAUAUGCAAGUAUAGGGAAGAUAUUUAAAGGCGCCGGCGCCACGCGUAUAUCCCUACCCGGCGCCGCCCGCCCAGUGCGUGUUCCUAGACUGAGGCCAGGCCCCCUUCGCCUGUUUCUAUCACGGGCGCCGCCAGCAUGUCUGACAAACUGCCCUACAAAGUCGCUGACAUCGGACUGGCUGCCUGGGGACGCAAGGCCCUGGACAUUGCUGAGAACGAGAUGCCGGGCCUGAUGCGUAUGCGGGAGCAGUACUCGGCCUCCAAGCCACUGAAGGGCGCCCGUAUCGCCGGCUGCCUGCACAUGACAGUGGAGACGGCCGUCCUCAUUGAGACCCUCGUCGCCCUGGGUGCUGAGGUGCAGUGGUCCAGCUGCAACAUCUUCUCCACCCAGGACCAUGCGGCAGCUGCCAUUGCCAAGGCUGGCAUUCCGGUGUAUGCCUGGAAGGGCGAAACGGACGAGGAGUACCUGUGGUGCAUUGAGCAGACGCUGUACUUCAAGGACGGGCCCCUCAACAUGAUUCUGGAUGAUGGGGGCGACCUCACCAACCUCAUCCACACCAAGUACCCGCAGCUCCUGUCAGGCAUCCGAGGCAUCUCUGAGGAGACAACGACUGGGGUCCACAACCUCUACAAGAUGAUGGCCAAUGGGAUCCUCAAGGUGCCUGCCAUCAACGUCAAUGACUCUGUCACCAAGAGCAAGUUUGAUAACCUCUAUGGCUGCCGGGAGUCCCUCAUAGAUGGCAUCAAGCGGGCCACAGAUGUGAUGAUUGCUGGCAAGGUAGCGGUGGUAGCAGGCUAUGGCGAUGUGGGCAAGGGCUGUGCCCAGGCCCUGCGGGGUUUCGGGGCCCGUGUCAUCAUCACUGAGAUUGACCCCAUCAACGCACUGCAGGCUGCCAUGGAAGGCUAUGAGGUGACCACCAUGGAUGAGGCCUGUCAGGAGGGCAACAUCUUUGUCACCACCACAGGCUGUGUUGACAUCAUCCUUGGCCGGCACUUUGAGCAGAUGAAGGAUGAUGCCAUUGUGUGUAACAUUGGACACUUUGACGUGGAGAUCGAUGUCAAGUGGCUCAAUGAGAACGCCGUGGAGAAGGUGAACAUCAAGCCGCAGGUGGACCGGUACCGGCUGAAGAAUGGGCGCCGCAUCAUCCUGCUGGCUGAGGGUCGGCUGGUCAACCUGGGUUGUGCCAUGGGCCACCCCAGCUUCGUGAUGAGUAACUCCUUCACCAACCAGGUGAUGGCACAGAUUGAGCUGUGGACCCAUCCAGACAAGUACCCCGUUGGGGUUCACUUUCUGCCCAAGAAGCUGGAUGAGGCAGUGGCUGAAGCCCACCUGGGCAAGCUGAAUGUGAAGUUGACCAAGCUGACUGAGAAGCAAGCCCAGUACCUGGGCAUGUCCCGUGAUGGCCCCUUCAAGCCGGAUCACUACCGCUACUGAGAGCCAGGUCUGCGCUUCACCCUCCAGCUGCUGUCCUUGCCCAGGCCCCGCCUCUCCUCCCUAAGAGCUAACGGCACCAGCUUUGUGAUUGGUUUGUCAGUGUCCCCCAUCGACUCUGGGGCCGAUCGCUCAGUUUUUGGCCUCUGCUGUAGCCGUCUACUGUUCCAAAUGUGGCAGCGGGAACAGAGGCCUCUCCUCAAGCCCCAGUCAUGAUGGAGGUCCCAGCCACAGGGAACGAUGAACUCAGUGGUCUUGGAACAGCUCAGUAAGUCAGUCCUUCCUUAACCUCGAAGUCAGUAGUGGAGUCACAAAGUCCAUGUGUUUUGCCAUAUAGGCCUUCACCUGGUCUGUGGACUUAUACCUGUGUGCUUGGUUUACAGAUCCAGUGGUUUCUCAGCCCACGACAGAUGAGAAGGGGGUAUAUUGAAGGGCAAAGAGGAACUGUUGUUUGAAUUUUCCUGAGAGUCUGGCUCAGUGCUGGGUCUUAAACCUCAUAACAAUGAGGUUAGUACUUUUAGUCCCUGUUUUACAGGGGUUAGAAUAGACUGUUAAGGGGCAACUGAGAAAGAACAGAGAAGUGACAGCCAGAGGUUGAGAGGGGCCAGAAAAACAUGAAUGAAUGCAGGCAGAUUUCGUGAAAUCUGCCACCACUUUAUAACUAGAUGGUUCCUAUCACAACUCUGGGUCAAAAAGAGAAUAAUUUGGCCUAUAAUGUUAAAAGAAAGCAGGAAGGUGGGUAAAUAAAAAUCUUGGUGUCU